UUUGACGUCAGACAGACUAACGGUACGGCAGCAACGGUUGCAGACAACAUGUUAACGCUGCAGUGGCUAAACGUUUGAGCCUAGAGAAAUGUUCGUCUUUUUACCACAAGUUACAAAAGAUGUCUUCAUAAACCCAAGAAAAGAAAGCCUGGUGUGUGGAGGAUGUUUUGACGGUCAGCUGGCUGCUAGUGAUGGCGAGAUGAAGCUUCAUGAAGCAUUGAGGUUUUCCAUCCAGUUGGUUCACUCAUGGUUCGAAGCUUCAUGGUGCUUCAUUUGCUCUACUGCGCCAUCAACUGGACAAAUAAAAGUAAAACAGGCAGAGUGCCUAUAAUGACACACUAGCUUUGCUAUGUGAAGCUUUGAAUUGUGCUUAAAUGAUAAUGCCAAUAAACAAGUAAUAUACUUAAUAUAGUGUCUGCUUUUCCUGAUAGUAGAGACAGAGGGGGAAAUGGAAACAAAUUGGGGAGAGAUUUGAGAUUUGUAGCUUGACUGCUUGAUUGAUGUCAGGUUCUGGCUUUCUGUAAAGUGCUUAGAUACUUUUAAUUGUAAUAAGGGCUAUAUGAAUAAAAUUUAUUGUGCUUUUGCUACUUGUUUUGUGACUGUGCGUGUGGUACCAGUGACAACCUGUAAAACAAAAGUAGGGAUUUUAUUUGUUUUUAUGCAAAAAUAUCAAUUUUUCCACAGUGCUGGGAUUCAGGCGACUUCUUUUUUUUUGGACAAUAUUUUUCUAGCUCCUUGGAACACAACAGAUACUUCACCUUUUAAAAUACCAGAAAAAGAAGAAAUUAGAACAAGCGGUGUGUGGUGUCACAGUUAUUCAUAUUACACUUCAUUUGUUAUGUGCCUACUUUAUUAGGAGAAAUCAGGUCAAAGUGUUUCCAGACAGGGGAGAAUCUUCUUUUUCUGGCUGGUUCUAUAUAAAAAAAGAGUCUCAAACCGAUUGAAUGCAAAGAUACAACAGGUAAAAAUCCAACAAUUGUGAACAUCAGAUAUAGUGGCACACAUUUCCUGGAACUGAACCCUGAACUGUGGGUUCUUGCGGAUCUCUUGUUUGUGUUUGCUGGCAAACUCCUCCAGGUGGGACUUGAAGGUCUCCAGCUGCUUCAACAUCUGGACAAUCUGAUCCUCUGCGAGAACACUCCCUCUUUCUUUAUAUUUAGCCUCCGCCCGCUUAGCCCCCGUACCGACUCCUCUUCCCGGUUCAACAAUUGUGAACCGGGAAUCCAUUGCGUUUCACUGCCCUUUAUAUUUUGAAUUGCACGUCAAACCUGCGAACCACUUCCUGAACCAGUCACGCGGUACGACCGGCUUGCGAGGCUUCGAACGUCAUCAUUUUGGCUCCUCCCCUAAAUGAAGCAAGCCUCGAUACGCGCUUCGUGGACACGCCCCCUCCAUUGCUCGACACACGCUUCGAAGCCUCGGUACAUCUCGUAGCAUCACUAGCUGGCUGUCUAGCAGUGCAGUUACGUGCUGUGAGGACAGCACACUAUUUUUACAUAUUGUCUAAUUUAUUCAUUUGGAGGAUCUAUGUCUGAGCCGUGUUCAUUUAUUCCACAGGAUUAUUUACUUAUUUAUUUAUUUAUUUUUAUAUAUUUGUUUCCUAAUUUAUUUAUUUUAAGGAUUUAAGUCAGAGCCAUGUUAAUUUAUUUCACAGGAAUAUUUCUUUCUUUCUUUCUUUGCUUGUUUUUUGUUUAUUUAAUAUUAAAUAAAACAGCAUUCAUAGAGUACAUUAAGACAUCACAUAAGUGCGUAAAAAUGCAUAUUUAAAUAUUUAUUUAUUUUGAAUAUUUAAGUCAGAGCGAUGUUCAUUUAUUUCAUAGGAAUAUUUAUUUGUUUAUUUAUUUGCUUGCUUGUUUAAUAUAAAAUAAACAGUAUUCCAUAGAACAUCACUUAAAAUGCAUAUUUAAUUUUUUAUUUAUUCAUUUUUUCAUAGGAAAAUAGACGAUGGUUGGUUUGUUCUUAUUUUUUUUAAGACGAAGAAGAAGAUAAGAUUCCUGCCUGAUGAUAUCUGCCGCCAUCUUGUGGCCGCUGUGUGAAACAGCCGUUGGAGCUCAGGGAAGCCCAAACUUUCAGAACUAGCACUCAAACGUCGAUUCAAGCUUCAUAAAGAAAGAGAUAAUAUAACCAAAAUGAAGCCAGAGUUUGAUAUUUUGCGUGUUUAGAUCUUUUUCCAGAUGUUCGGAGCCGUAAACAGGUCGAGCAGACGUCAUCCGACUGAAAGUGAAACUGAAAGUGAAGCAGCUGCAUGUAGCCGUCAGUUAGCCAGCGGUGGAUGAACUGCGGAGGAUAGACACACGGUCAGAUUCAGCCUCUUUCAGUCUGAACACCCACUAAAGGAGGAUGAAGGACGUGGCUGCGUGUGGAUUUUACAUCGUCCUCUUCGAUGUGGUUCUGUGUUGGGCUCUGUGGGCCGGACGGCUGCUGAUGCAGAGCUCCAGCUGUGGUGGGCUGGCAGCUGUGUGGGCCUUCGGGGCGGUAAAGUGGAUCUAUCUCCACGUUUUCACCUUAUUACUGACUGAAGGAAAUCCCCAGGCUGUGCUGCGCAGGUUGGUCGCUCUCCUCUGCCUUCUCGCUCCCGCAGUAGAAAGUGGACGGUUUCUUCGAUCAUCUCCGUCGGAGCCGUAUGCGGAACCGUCUCCUGACUUCAACAUGCUGCUGCUGGGCCCCGUGGCCUCGGUGUUGGCCUGUUUGGUUUGGGAAAAGGGCCUGUGUGGGAACGGAAAGGGGAAAAAGGACGGCAGUAAACUGGAUACAGGGCAGCUGCUCAUGAGGACGCUGAAGCUCUUCAGACCAGAUGCUCUUUAUCUGGUCGCAGCUUUCGGUUUCCUCAUCUUAGCCGUCAUCUGUGAUUCAUUGAUUCCCUUGUAUCAGGGGAAGGUAAUCGACAUGUUACGAGGUGAAGUGCUUCACAGCAGCUUCGGUUAUGCCAUCGGAUGGUUGGCAUUCGUUUCUCUUGGAAGUGUGCUGUUCUCUGGCCUGAGAGGAGGAACGUUCAUGUUGACUCUGGCCAGACUGAACAAGAGGCUGAAGGGUUUGCUGUUUCAGAGCCUCCUGCAGCAGGAAGUGCAGUUCUUUGAGGAGAACAACCCCGGAUCUCUUGCCUCCCGGCUGCACCUUGACGUGGACAGGAUGGGCCGGACGGUAGCGCUGAACGCUAAUGCAGCGGUUCGCAGCACAGUCAAAGCCUGCCUCAUGUUUGCAGUGAUGUUGAACCUGUCCUGGGAGCUGACUGUGCUCACCUGCAUAGAGAUGCCGCUGACAGCUCUAGUGCAGAACAAAUACAUCACUUUGGCCAAGGAGCUGAAGGAGAAGAUCCAGGACUGCCACGCUGAGAACCGGGACCUGGUUUCUCAGACCGUCAGCGGGAUCCGAACGGUCCGAAGGUUCAAGGCAGAGGAAGGAGAACUGAGGAGGUACCAGGAGGCUGUGGACAGAAUGUGCAGCCUGAAGAGACGCUCAGGGAUCUACAGCAUUUGUUUCGGCUUCAUACGGAGGCUGUUGACUCUGAGCAUAAAGAUACUGAUGCUGAUUCAGGCCCGGAGCCUCAUCUCGUCCGGUCGCCUCAGCAUCGGCAGCCUCGUGUCCUUUUUCCUCUACCAGAAGCCCAUGUCGGUGAAUUUAAGGGAGAUUCUGCACUGCUAUGAGGACACCGUGUCCACAGUCGGAGUCAUUUCCAAAGUUUUCGGAUACAUCGACAGGACGCCGAAAGGUAAAAAGGAGGGAGAGCUGGCUCCUGAGAGUCUGGAGGGAAGAGUUGUCUUCCAGAACGUCACCUUCAGCUAUCCCUCGGCUCCAGAUAAACCAGCCCUAAAGUCGGUGUCAAUGGAGCUGCAGCCGGGGAAGAUGACGGCUCUGGUGGGACUCUCCGGCAGCGGGAAGUCGUCCUGCGUCAGCCUCCUGAAGAGGCUCUACGAACCUCAGGAGGGACGGAUCCUGCUGGAUGGAGAAUCGCUGCAUCGUUACAAACACAAAUACCUGCACCAGAAGGUAGCCCUCGUUUCCCAGAAUCCUGUGCUGUUUUCUGGUUCCCUGAAAUACAACAUUGAAUAUGGGCUGAAGGACUGCACCGCUGAGAAAGUGAAAGAAACUGCAAGGAGGGUCAAAGCGCACGAUUUCAUCUCUGAAAUGGAGAACGAAUACGACACAGAUGUAGGAGAGAGUGGAGGCAAACUGUCCGAGGGGCAGAAGCAGUGCAUCGCCGUCAUCAGAGCUCUGGUUCGAGAUCCGCAGGUCGUCAUCCUGGACGAGGCGACCAGCAAACUGGAUGUGGACGCACAGCAUGCUGUUCUGCAGGAGGUUCUGGCUCGAGGCCGGACGGUUCUGGUCGUGGCUCAUCAGCUGAAGACUGUGGAGAAGGCGGACCACAUUAUCUUCAUAGAGAAGGGAGUGAUCAUGGAGGAGGGGACGCACAGUGAGCUCAUGGCCAAGAGAGGACGAUACCAUCGCUUAAAGGAGAGCAGCUAAGAAAAGCUGCUGUAGUCUCUGUUUCAUAGCUGUGAUAAAAACUGGGUGGUUGAACUGUGUCCUGAUUUUGGUCUUAUAAUGUUAACGAACACUUCUAGUUCAAAAAGCACCUCCAUUGUUUAAAGCUGUGGUAUUAUCUGCAUAGAUUAUGUUGUUUACUUGUUUGCUUUCAGAGGAUUUGAGAGUAAAUCAGUUAAACUACUCAGAGAGCAGCGACUUUAGACUGAAGGAAGUGAAACUGUAGAAACUUUAUUGUGAGCUGAUGAAUUAUCAGUAUUGUUUCAAGCAAGUGUUCUUUGCUGUGUUUUUAAAUCACACUCAUUAAAAUUUUUUUUGCCAUUUUUACACAAAAAAA